UGCGUCAGCCGCUUGCAGUCCUAAUGGUGGUGGCCGUCGUUGAGGCAGUACUUGCAGUUGACGGAUUCACCAUCACUAGCCGCCCUUGCGCCCUCGUCGACGUCCAUUGACGUCGUGGCCGCACCGACGCCCAUGCUCGCGUCUUGCCCAGGCGAUGCCCCGAUCAUCGCUGCAGCCGUCUCAAGCUUGCGCACCCUCUCCAUGGCGUCGUCGAGGGUGACGUCGCUCUUGAUGAUCUUCUCGCUGAUUGGCAGCUUGUAGGCCGUCGGCACCACCUUGAUGUAGGCGUGCUUGAGCGCUGUGGCCGUGAGCACCUCCUUCUGCGCGUUGACCUUGCCAGCCAGCCGCUUGAACUCGGCGUUGUUGUCCAGGGCCGACUUCUUGAGGUCCCAGGCGAACGCGUCGAAUUCACGUUGCGCUGAGAACUCUGCGAAGGCGGGGUUCGACUCCAUCUUUGCCUUGAGCCUCUUGAAGGCCAGCACACCGUCGAACUCGUCGUAGGUGUCCUUGACGCCCUCCUUGUAUUGCUCGAGGACGUACUUGGCGGAGCUGUCCUUGCAGGCGAAGGCGAGCAGCGUGUGGAGCCGCUUGGCCGCUUGAGUGGAUGCCCUCAGCUUCUCCUGCUGCUUGUGCAUCUGCUUCAGCUCUCCCUCCUUGACCUCCUUGGUGUACUCGGCGGUGAUGACCUUGUCCUCGAUCUCCUGCUCACGCGUCAGAAGCUCCUCGAGCUUCGUCUGCUGCACCGAGAUAGGCACUUGCUCAUCGAGCGCCUUGUCCCGCAGCAGGGCCGAUUCCUCGAACCCCAGCAUGGUGCGGAAGCACCGUACCCAAUCAGGGUAAUCCUUCUCAUCUCCGGAGAAGGUUGGUACAUCGCUGGUGCUGAGCUUGAUGUAGUCGCUCAUCUUGGUCGUAGAUCUCGUGGCGGAGCUUGGUCAGGAGGCGAGGGGAGUCGACGGGAGUCGAGCGGCGAGUGUGGGGGUCUGAGGGAAGACCGAGGGAGGUCGAAUGGACGACGGGGUGACGAAGAUCUGGGCAGAUCUUUGGCUCAGCAGCGACAGCCAGAACGACUUGCUGCGCCCAUGUCGGUAGAUGAGAGUGGCUGUGGAGGAUCGCUGUCGUUGCCCGUUAAGGCAACAAAUGAGCCAGAGGGACGGUUCACGAGAAGGAGGGACAGUUCGGAGUGCUCAGGGUUCUCAGCAUGCAGUGGCAUUACACGGCGGGAUCUACCCCAACACACGCAGCCUCUGACAAUAUCCCUUGCCAAAAAGCCUCCAG